UUCACCGUAUUUACGUCGCUGGUCGCCGGCUGAUGGUGGUUGGUGUCUGUUCUUUCAUGGCCGCGCAGCUCUCAAGAGUUUCUCUGUCUUGCAGGAGCUCGAGAGGCAGUAUUCCCCCAGCAGGUGGUCCCGCAGGAUGUCGACCGACGACGUGAUCAAAGCCCACGUGAAGGCUUUAAAGGAAGGUACGGAGCAAGCCCGUAGUAUGGCUCAAACUUUACUCAAUGUCCCAUAUGGGGAGGGAGAUGGAGAGAAACUGGACGUCUAUAUACCCAACAUCAACUCUCUGGAUGUCCACCUUGUUGUUUACAUACAUGGAGGCUACUGGCAGUUUCUCAGCAAAGAGGAGUCUGGGUUCAUGGCUGUUCCGCUCGUUGAUAAAGGUGUAGUGGUGGUUGCAGUCGGUUACGACAUUGCCCCCAAAGGUAACAUGGACCUGAUGGUAUCACAAGUUCGCAGGAGUAUUGUGUCUGUCGUUCAGCAGUAUUCUCACAUCAGUGGUCUGUACCUGUGUGGCCACUCUGCUGGGGCACACCUGGCUGCAAUGGUCCUCUCAACUGACUGGUCGCAGUACAGCAUCACUCCCCAGAUUAAAGGUGCUUUUCUUGUGAGUGGCAUCUAUGACCUCCUGCCCAUCUUGUCCACCUACGUCAACGAGCCUUUGAAAAUGACAGAGGAGGUGGCAGUUAGGAACAGCCCCAGCAAGCUGGUCCCUCAGCUCAAACUCUCCUCCUCCAGCUGUCAGAUUGUUGUGGCUGUUGCUGAGAACGACUCGCCAGAGUUUCGCAAGCAGUCUGAGGAAUUUUACAAAACUUUGGAGGCGUCAGGGCUGAAUGUCACCAUGGAGGAUGUGGCGAAUACAGAUCACUUCAGUAUUAUUGAGAAGCUGGUUGACGGAGAGUAUCACCUAACAAAGCUUCUCCUGAAGAUGAUGGGGAAGAGCUGAGGUGUUUUAUCCAUCAUCUAAUAUCAACAUACCUCGGUAUCAACGAACACCUCUAAACAGAGCCAUCAUGCAGCAACACUGACUGAAAUAUGCAUUGUUUCAGAUUUGUACUCUGGUAAAUCUACAUUUUGUGUCCAUUUGGAUCCUUUGUCAGUGAGGUGCCGUGGAUUGUUUGAUGUCUAGUUUCACUAUUUAUGACCUUGUUCACUGUAGUUACUGCUUCUUUUUUUCUUUUUAAGGCCUAAGCUUUGUAUGUUUCAGCCACCAUGCUAUGAAAUUGUGUGCCUAAAACUAAGUCACAUAAAAAUGGCAAUGGUAGUAAAACUAUAAUUUUAGAUUCAGUUUGCACAAUAUCUGUUAAGUAAUCUCUUAAAAUGUUUGUCCUGUUUCGUACCUUGCAAAGUCGAUUGUUAGUUUUGGUAUAUUUCCGGUGUUUGUGUGUGGGUGGGUCUGUCUGGUUUGUGAAUUUAUAUUGUAUUUUUUUUUUUUUUUUUGGGACAACAAUAG